AUGCUAUCUGUUGCUCAUCAUCAGCAUCAUCAUCACCACCAGUCUGCUGCUCCCAGCCCGCCCCAGCUUCUUCUCCCUCCCAUCCCCACGGCAGGCUACGACACCUUUGCCCUCCACCUGCUGCUCAUCUGCGUCUUCACCCACCGCCGCCGCUCCGACGACGAUACCGAUACCCACUACUACCACCACCACAGCGACAGCAGCUCCCCCGGACCCCCGAAGCCGAUCACCACCAUGGUCGCCGACGCCGUCAUCUACCACCCCUCGGUGUCGCACUACCUCAAGUUCGUCGCCACCACCGUCGGCCGCGACAAGCUGCUGCGCACCCUGCAGUACUUCUCGCGCUUCUACGCCUGGUACCUGUUCCGCACCAAUGGGUCCAAGGCCGAGAUCGCGCCCUUCGAGGCCAUCAAGAAGCAGUUCGGCCUGACGCGCAAGCUGCUGCGCGUCGGCAAGAACGUCGAGCACCUCAAGGCCGCCGCCACCGCCGCCGACUCCAAGAGCCUGGACCCCGUGCUGCGCUACGCCGCCGUCGGCCGUCAGCUGGGCUACGCCGGCUACCUGACCUUUGACAUGGCCACCGUCCUCGACGCCGUCGGCAUCCGCAAGUGGGAGGGCGCCAAGGCCGCCCAGAAGGAGGCCUACCGCUUCUGGGCCAUGGGCCUGCUGUGCAGCAUCGUCGCCCAGACCUACACCCUCUACCGCCUGCGCGAGCGGGAGGCAAAGGUCGACAAGAAGGAGGGCGAGGGCGUCGUCGAGGCCAAGAGAAUCGCCAUUGAGCGUGCUGCCAGCCAACUCCAAUUGGUGUCCGACCUGUGCGACUUCACUGUCCCGGCGUCGGCACUCACCUGGAUCGGGUUCGAUGAUGGCUUUGUUGGUCUGGCUGGAACCGUCAGCAGUUUGAUCGGCGUGUACACACAAUGGAAGAAGACUGCUUAG